CGUAUGUUCUUAAUUCUCUGCUGGAGUGCUCGUGUAAUUCCGAGCGCGAGCGAGAGAGAAAGAGAGAGAGAGAGAUCUCACAUAUAAAAACAAUCGAUUAAAACCCUUGCCUUCUCCCUCUACUGCAUUGUCGGUUGCCGUCCGUGGAUUGCUCAAGUUUGCCCUAGAAUUUGUUUCGAGAUCGAGCCUGGACCCUUUACCUGUUCGUUGUUGUCUCAGGCUUUCGUAUAUGUUUUAGCGGAUGGUUUGAAUUUCUCGAGGUGUUGGUCGAGUUGAACAAAUCAUGGGUAGUAGUGAAACUAAUAAACCGAAGGAGCCGAAGACGCCUAGCGCGCAGGAACAAUCUUCAUCUACACCCACUGGGACAAUGAAUCCAGACUGGUCCGGGUUUCAGGCAUAUUCUCCUAUGCCUCCCCCUGGGUUCUUGGCAUCGAGCCCCCAAGCUCAUCCCUACAUGUGGGGAGUUCAGCACAUUAUGCCACCCUAUGGUACGACACCACACCCAUAUGUUGCUCUGUAUCCCCAUGGUGGCAUAUAUGCUCAUCCAUCUAUUCCUCCGGGAUCUUAUCCUUUUAGUCCUUUCCCUGUGCCUUCCCCUAAUGGUGUAGCUGAGGCUUCUGGUAAUACUCUUAGUAGCAUGGAAACAGAUGGCAAACUAUCGGAGGGGAGGGAGAAGCUACCCAUUAAGAGGUCUAAGAAAAGUUUGAGCAGUUCAAAUACGGUUUCUGGAAAAAACAAUGGGCCCGGUAAAACCUCAGGUGCAUUAGCUAAUGGAGUCUGCUCCAGAAGUGCUGAAAGUGCAAGUGAACAUUCAAGUGAAGGAAGUGAUGCAGAUUCUCAAAAUGACUCACAAAUGAAGUCGGGAUCCGGGCAAGAUUCUUUGGAAGCUGAAGCAUCUCAAAAUAGUGGAGCUAUUUAUGGUUCUCAGAAUGGAGGACCAAAUACACCUCCAACGAUGGUGAACCACACAAUGGCCAUCAUGCCACCAUGUGUCCCUGGUCCUACCACUAACUUAAACAUUGGUAUGGACUAUUGGGGUGCUGGUCCAGUUGCUGGGGGAAUGAUCACUGCUGGAUCAAGGGAGAGCAUUCAAUCACAGCCGUGGCCACAGGACGAAAGAGAGCUUAAAAGACAGAGAAGAAAGCAGUCCAAUAGGGAAUCUGCACGUCGAUCCAGGUUGAGAAAGCAGACAGAAUGUGAUGAGCUGGCCCUGCGUACUGAAGCUUUGAAUGAAGAAAACGCCACUCUUAGAACGGAAUUGAGCUGCAUCCGGAGUGAGUAUGAACAGCUUCUCUCGGAGAAUGCAUCUCUCAAGGAGAGACUUGGGGAGGCUCCUGCGCAAGAAGAUCCUAGGGCUGGUGGGAAUUAGCAUCCAGUUGGCUUAUGGAUACGCAAGCAGAGCUCUUGCAGAGUGGUAAUGAAAUUCCAGCUUUCUAGCUGAGUGAUUUCUUGGGGAUUACACUAACCGAUUAGUGAAUGAUGCCCUUGUUCUAUAUAUAUAGUAAAAAGAUCCAAAAUCCUUGAAACCUGACCUUUUUAGUCUCAGGAUCUGCUUUUCUUAUACCAAUCUUUUAAGGUAUUUUAUGGCAUUUAGAGUGUUAAUCCGAUAUCAAACACAUAUGUCCUAUUAAGAUGUGUAGUUUCAGUCCUUUAUCUUCCUGAUUUGUGUCGAAAAUGGCUGAUGAUUAAGUUGUACUUUCCAAGACUUUUCAUUUGGAUGGACAUUUUUAUUU